AUGAACUGUCAGAAGGUGCGUCUUGCUCAGGUCGAGGAGGAGGCCCGACAGACGCAGGUGACCAACGAGCGCCUAAUGAAUGAACGUGAACGCCUUCGAGAAAUUGUAGCUCGCGAGGUGGAGGAGGAGAUAGCCGAUGUUAGGUCCAAGGCUAACCAAGCACAACGCGAACUGGCUGAAGUACGAGCACAGGCCAACGCUGAAGUUGCCCGCCUCCAGACCGAGUUGGAGGCCUCCAGGCGAAAUGCAGCCGAAGAAUUGGAGUCAGUUCACCAGAGGAUAAAAGAGGCAAUCGUGAUGAAGGACGAGAAUAUAAAGGAGUUAGUGCGAAAACACGAGAAAGAGGUGAAAGAGCUAACUACACAGUUAGUGAUGAUGAGGAGGACACAAAGCACCGACGAGGAAGACCGUCGCUGUGCUCCCGCAGGGAGUGCUAGGAGAGGAGCCAAGGUGAGGAGUUUCGCACCCACCACGAUGCGGACCACCUCCCUACGCCGGCGCUGA